UAAAAAAAUCAUCAGUCAUAUUCUGUCUGCAGAGCAAUCACCUCGAGGACUGCAAUCAUGUGCAACAAAAUCACAGUGUUGACCCUUGCUUAUAUUGUUAUAUUCAUAUCAGUAGUGAAGUGUGAGGAUGGGUCUCAGCCAAGCCUUCUGGAUUAUUUGGGAAAAGACACGAACGUCGGCCGUACGUUCGGACACAAUGCUCUCAAGAGGCUGUCGUUCAUCUUCCUGCCGGUGAUGUUCACACUGGGCGUGAUCUCCACGCUACUCAUGGCCCUCGCCGUCAUCUCCGUCAAGAACCUAGCCAUCGGAGUCAUCCUGCUCAUUGUGUCUAUCAGUCAGGCGGUGUCUAGACUGCUGUUCGCGGCGGCUCCGCCUUCACCCCUGUUGCACCUCCACCCCCGAGCUGAGCUGCUGCCAGCCCCUGUGGCAGCUCCCUGGCCCGCACCGGCGCCUGUGCUCACCCCAUGGGCCAGAUCGGACAAUGACGCGACCAUAUCCGAUUGAAACUAGCCAGAAAUUCACGAAUUGACCCCACCUUAGUACGAAUACUACCUCAGACGUGGUACCGCGUAAUAUUAUGCAUUUAUAUGUAUCUAGAUUUAUUAUGAAAGAAAUUUUUGAUAUACAAACUGAAUGAAACCGAAGCUUCAAUAGAAACUUUAUCAUAUGUUUGCUAAAAUUUAUCAGAAUCGACUGACUGAUGUUAUUGAUUUGCAUCAUCGCUUAGAUACGAAUCUGAAUCAGAAAUUUUAAAAAUCUUGACUCGGAUUACUACUAUUAGGUAUAAUUCGUAUAUAAUUACUUCGUCUGUCUCUCGUGAAUCCGGUAUAUUUGUGAAAGAUAGACGACGAAAGAUUUCUGUUUUAGUUGUAAGAAUUUAAUUUAUUCGCGAUUAAAAUUUUUCACAGUUA